CCUCCCUCCUUCCCUCCUUCCCUUCUCUCCCAAUCAUCAUCUUCUUUAUCUUUUAUCUUCUCUUCUGACCACGGUACCGGUAUCAGGAUUAAGCCAAUUAGAACCGUAGAAUACAUCCACUCUGGAUCACAUGACUAACCAGCUCCGAUUUGCCCAAGACUAAAUUUAAUUUAGCCUAGUACGUCCAUCCGCAAUUCAAUUCCAGGAAAGCAGCAAGCCGCCCAGUUGUGUUAAUUGUUUCUUUGAUUCCAUACAGGAGAUUGAAGAACGGUCCAUCAUAGAAAAUUCACAAAAUCUUCUUCAACAACCACAAAUCCUUCUCCAAACUAUUGUUCACCAUCAGGCGCAUAUUAAACCCUUACCGAUCUGACCUGUCCAAAGUAUUAAGAUUUCAACAAAUCUCGAGUCGUACCCCAUAAAAGAGACCCAGCCAUCCUUUCAUGCAAGGUCGCGCUGUGCAUUUUUGACCCUACAAAGAGCUUUUGACAAUUGUUACCAUACCCGAGAUAUUGAGAUUAACCUUUGACGACUGAGAAGGACUCUUGACGUUUAUUGCGCACAUGUUCCUGGAUUCUCCGAGGUAGCGCAUGCGACUUUGCUCCUGGAGCCCCUCUCGAAAGGCUCGAAUAUCCAAAUACUAUAUCGACAGCCAAGAUAGAGUCGAUAGACCAUAAAACAGUUGAAGAGGGGGCUGCUGCGGGUGUGUCGCAAGGAGGAGGUGGUUCGGUAGGCGAGCGAGGGCCAGCUAGUAUGCCCGGCAUCAUCAUGGAUAGCGGGAGUAGGAAUGGAUCGCAUACCAACCACGACAGAGAUCGACACUCCAAUGGUACCAAUGGUGAAGCAAAAGCUUCCGAGAAGGGACGGGACAAAAAUCAGGCACGAUCGGAGCCUCAGCAGAAUAUGACACCGAUUAGUCGAGCUGUUCCCAAUGGAAUGAAUGGGAAUCUCACAGAUGGCCCAGCGCGACAGCAGAAUUCUGGGGAAGACCCAAUUCCAAAGGAUAUUCUGGAUCGUAUACAUGACCUUCCACCCGAAGUCGAACAUAUCACAUUCAACUUCCUAUCCUUAACGGAGCUUUUGAACCGACUGGCACAAUCAACUCAUAAUGAAUUAAGGCAGGAGAUCACAAAAUUGGCAAAUAUGCCAACACCUCAAUCAGCGAUCAACGGGAGCCCAUCUCAUAUCACCAAAGAAGAUGAUACUUCUAACGAUAACGUGAACAAGAAGGUGAGCUUGCUAGACUUUGCCCAAACUCAGCAUAGUCGUUGGGUUAAGCAACUGGUGUUACUGGACUGGAGUCGAAAAGCCGAUCAAGUUAGUAAAAUUAUUGACUUGAAUGUCCAUCUGAUUCACAAACGAGGACUAUAUAAUCUUAUUCUAGCACAUGUUGGUGACGUAAAGAAGAAACUAUGCGACAUAGAUUCACCGAGUCCUGAUCUAAAAACUGCAGUAGAGGUUUUGUCAACUGGAAAAGCCAAUUGGAUGCCGGACGUGAGUCUCCUGCUCAUAUCUUGUAGCGACGCUAACAUGUACUAGCUUGGCUAUAUUGCUCCACCCCCAAUGACUUCCAAGGAGAUACUCAAAUCCUUGGAAAAAUUGAAUACUCUCCUGUCCAUUCGCCUGAACCUUCACGAAUACGACAAGCUUCCCUUGCAAUUCAAAGAUUAUACAAUAAAAUCAGGUCGUGUGACCUUCAAGGUGGCCGGGGAGUUUGAAAUCGACCUGACUAUCGCGGAUGAGGAUCAGGAGUCACAAUUUUGGUUCAUUGACUUUCGCUUUCUGUUCUCCCCCUCUCUUAGAGAAUUGCCACCUCGGCACCAAUUUCACAUAGAGAGUAAAGUGAAUGCGGCAUUGGAGAAGGAUGGCCUAUCUGGUUGCUACACUUACCUGCAUGAAAUGGUGUUGACCCAUAAGAUUAGCGAGUUUAGGAGACAAGCAGUUGAACUCUCUAGAAGUACUUGGAUUGAUGGUGUGAAGGUCGAACCACUUCAUCGGGCACUAUGUAUCCAAUAUUGGCUGGAUAGAUACAAGAAAAAUGGACCACGAAGCUGGAUAAUUAUAGGAGUACACAGUGGACGGAGAAAGGAUGGAUACCAUGAUCCUAGAACGACAAGCCGACUCUUUAUAAGAUGGUUUCGGGAUUCAAAAGAAGUCAAAGAUGUGGAUAUCCCACUUGAUGCAGUCAACAUUUCGGCCGAACAACUCUUAAAGACUGUCAUUGCAAUGCAUGUCAAUCACAUCUUGAGAUCGACACAUAACAAAUUGGCUGCCGAACCUAUAUUUGCCAAUCGCGAGGCGUCCUUAUCAUUACACACAUCCAAGACUGAGCCAAAGGAAUCUGUACUCGGAGUACAAUUGACAGAGAAACAGCAUGUAUCAAUAACUAUAGAACCGGUCACAGGAAUUUUCAUUUUCAGCCCGGCAUCUCGGAUAAUUACCUCAUCACAGAAUAAGCUUAAUAGUCUGGACAGAGAUCCUGCUACGGAUGCCCAUUACAAUAUCGAAAAUCUUCGAUGUCUAGCUAUAUCCGAAGAGCUCGUCAUCCUUGGCACUAGUGUUGGAUGGAGAAGGGCUGACAAUCCUGGAAUCUCACGAGAAGAUCUGAAGCGGAAAAUUCCUAAAGACACAAAACAAAUCAAUUGGUUCAGGAGACCUGGAUGGCAGGAGAAUUGGCUUGUUGCCGUUACAUUGGGUAUGAGUGGGGAGAGUUGGUGGCUGUUUCAAACGUAUGUAUCGUCAACCGCAUCAUAUUCUCACGCUAACAAAUGUAGAUCGAAACAAUCGACAGGCGUCAAAGUCUUAACCUCUAUCCACAUACCCAUUAAAGCCGUCUCACCAACACCCUCUUACGUAUUCAUGUCUACUCUUCAUAUAUUUGCUGGAGGCCUCAUCUCGCAGUACACUAAUCUCAAAGCUCUUCAUGAUAGACGCAUCCACCAUACUAUUCGACAAACUGGCCUACCUUCACCGGUGAAGCUCCCUUCAAUAUGGAUACAUAUUUCUGAACUCUUCUCAGCAAGAGCGAAACCCGCGGCACAGAAAACCUGGGCGAAAGAUUUCCUAAAACUCACUUUUCAAGGGCUGGAGCCGCUCCCCGCACUGUCAUCUCUACCACCCCAGUCACCAGCUGAUGAUCCACAAGCCACUAGCCAUAAGCUGGAGCAGAAGGCCGUACUAGUCACAGUAGCGCGCAUGGCAGUGCCCAUCCCGGCUCUUUCGGUCUUAAACGAAAAGAUAGAUAAAGAUAUCGCUUUUAAGGCCCAAACAGGAGAAAUCGCUUUCAGAUUGCGGUCUCAAGUCGGCGAAUCGAUAAUUCCAUCUCUGACUGAGCGUUUAUUUCAGAUUGAACGGCUUAUUUCUUGCACUGCGGUUCUCCGCAAGCAUGAAAAGUUUAUCAAAUGUGACACUAUUUCACUACAAGAAAUCACAUUUUCUUAUGGGAUGCCGCCAGCAGCUGAGACAGGAUCGGAUAUGGGUGCAGAUAAGGCAAAAGCUCGGUCAUAUAAAGCGGUGGUCAGUUUAGGCUUGGUUGAAGGCAAAAUGAAGCUUACUUUAGAGACGGGUAACCCACAUAUACGUGUUUUAGACGCCUUGGACAAAGUUUUGAACAUUCCAAAGGGGGGGUUCGAUGCAGUCACAACUUUACUUCCACAAACUCUCUAUUGUUUGCGGGCUUUCGAAACCAUAGAAGAUGCCUGGGCCCCCCUUCAUGAUAGAGGUGAAGUGUUCAUAUUCGUCAGAGCUUUCGAGUGGUUUAACCUUCGUUACAUACUCAAAUCGAGCACUCCAGAUACGCCUCCACGAAAAGUUUCAUUUGAGAUUAAAAUGUGUCAUCGAAAGCAAAAACCAUGGUGGCUUGUACGUCGUACCGAAAAGACUGAGAGGGGCGGAAAAGGAGAAGUACUACCAGAUGAUGGAAUUGAUGCGUGUUUGAAAUCUGUGUGGGACUCGCCGGGAGAUGAUGACUGGAAAGGCAUGCGCACCAGCGCCGUUGGUCGUAAUCGUGGUAUUGAAACCUGCCUGGAAAAGGUCGAUGCAGUAAUCCGAAAUCUAUCCCCAGAGGACCUUACUUUUCAGCCCUCCCAACAGUCUCAGCCCAGAACGCAGGCACAAGCUAUAGGGUCACAAGGACAACAAUCUUCACAUAUCCAACAACAGAGAAAGUUACAAUUACCUACGCCAGCAAAUUCCCAGAACCAUCCACAAAGUCAAGGGAGUAGCCAAGGACAUCAACGCAUGCCAGCUCCAAACAUGAACAUGAAUAUGAAUAUGAACUUGAAUAUCAAUCAGAAUAUGUUAAAGAGAAAAUCUUCCAAUCAAGGCAUAAACCCAAGGACGGCGAAGAGAGAAGUGGUGGAGAUCGAUUAGUAUAUUUUGCUUCUGACAAAUGGAAAAGGACUAUGAUAUAAACGGUUUCAAGCAUGCAUGCAUAAGCGCACGAACCCGGACAGGAGAUAAUUACGUUAUGGGGAGAUACGAACAUGCCUUCCUUUCCCUUUCUUUUUUUGAAAGUUUUCCUUUUUUUCAUCUUUUGUUACAAUACCUACAUUAUAUGAGGGUGGUGGGCCGGAGGUGACAUUCAUUUUGCAUGGCGUUGGAUGUUUUAUUCAGAUAUUUUCGUAAUUUGGGGCUAGGGAAGCCGAAAGAGAGAAUAUGAUGAGGCGUGGAAGGCAACGCAAACUGUAAAAAGAGAGUUUUAUUGAUGAAGCGGGGUGGCGUGGCGUUAAGUCGAGGAUUGACUUUCGAUUUUGUUUUUUUGAGAACUUUUGCGGUAUUCCUCUAGGGGCGGGAUGGCGGUGCAUUGGAUGGGGAUUAGUGCUUUUAAUGCGAGCUUUUCUCUCUUUUUCGUCGGUUCAUGAACGUGUCUUUAUUAUAGGGGCGGAGGCUGGGAGAGUGAACGGGGAAAGUGGAAAUGGAGAAGGCGGUAAAAGAAAAUGAGAGUUUGUUGUGUGUGUACAGGAAUGGGCUACAAAAGCGGAGAGAGGGGGAAUGAUGGAUACGAUAGCAGAACAGAGCGGGAAAUGAAUGCGGGGGGAUGUGUUGAGCGGUAUCUUUUUAGGAGAUGCAAAAAAGGAUGGGAUGGAAUACGAAAUGAUAGACAGAUGAUGAUGCAUGCAUGUAUGUAUAUAUGUAUGCCAGAAUUCACUAGCAGUAGUGCGUAGUGCAUUUAACGUUUUCAUUGAUUGACGUUGGCUUGAAGCUAUCUAGCUUGAGAUUAUAAAUGCUCAAUAUUAAAAUAUUAAAAUUUAUCUAUAU